AAAAAAAUGGCAAAAAUAUAUCCCUCCAUACCUUCAUCUUCUUCAUCCUCCUUUUGUUCCAAUGAAAGAGAAACAUAUACCAUAUGGAUGAAGUCACUUGUCAUGAACUCGAAUGGCUAUACCGUCUACGAUUCUAACGGAAAUGUCGUUUUUCGUAUCGAUAAUUACGAUAACAAGAAUAGCAGUGAAGUUUAUUUGAUGGAUCUUCGUGGAAACAUCGUAUGCACAAUUCUUCGAAAAAAAUUAUUGAGAUUGGGGCUCUGGGAUUGUUGCCAUAGUAACGAUUCUUGUAGGCCGUGGUUUAAAGUUGGAAAGGCAUUCAAUUUCUUCAAGAACGAUUCAGUUUACGAUGUUUUGGUUGGAACCAACGAGGCGCGAAAUGAUAGUAGCUUGAAUCAUAGAAUGGAAGGAUCGGUCCAUGGUUUGGAGUUUAAAAUAACUGACGGUGCAGGGAGAGUCAGAGCGGAGGUACAACGAAAGCGGUCGUCUUCAGGUGUCGUGUUGGGCGAAGACGUGUUGUGCGUGACCGUUGAGCCUGGUGUGAAUCAUAUCUUUGUAUUGGCUCUUGUUGCAAUACAAGGAUUAAUCCAUCGGAAAAUGUAGAUAUCUUUUUAUUUUUGGUCUUUGUACAAAAUGUAUGCAUCACAUUUUAUGCAAACGAACUAGAUUUUAUACAGAUGACAAUGACUUUUUUACUGUAGAUUUUGUUGUCAACUGAUAUCUAUUUGUGAAUGUAUUUUUGAUUCAUUUCUCUGUAGAAAAAAGGA